AUGCCGGGAUUGAACUACCGUGAUGACCCCCCAUUAGGGCUCGUCGAGGGCUAUGAAGGAAAUAGCGUCACCGUCAAAGUCACCAUGGGAGCCUUGCUCUCAAUUGCCCUAUAUAAUGCAGUCGAACUGACCAUUCUGCUCUUUCUGGCCUUUCAGCAUUAUGGGGGAACUUACUUCUGGUCUAUGUUACUCUCCAACGUCGCCGGAGUCAUGCCUACAACCAUUGGCGCUCUGUUGCACUUCUUCGCCAUUGGGCCUCUCUGGCUCGCACUGUCCAUGUCCACGUUCGGUUGGUAUUUUAUGGUCCCGGGACAGUCGGUGGUGCUAUAUUCGCGAUUGCAUCUGGUUCUGCAGAGUCAAAAGGUCCUCCGGGCUAUUCUCCGUCUGAUCAUCAUCAGUGCAGUGGUACUCUGCGUCUCGACAACGGUGGUCUCGUAUGGAUCUGCGUAUAUCCGAAGAGACCGCUGGAAUAAAGCAUAUGGUGUCAUGGAGCGGCUGCAGGUGACCUGGUUCUGUGCGCAGGAACUCCUUAUAUCCUCCCUGUACAUCUACGAGACGGUCAAAUUACUCAAACUCAGCCCGGAAAAGAACAGUCGUCGAACACAAAUCCUAUACGAGCUACUGGUAAUUAGCUUGGCUAUUAUAAUGAUGGAUAUUGCUUUAUUGGUAAUGGAGUUUUUGAACUUCUAUUACAUGCAGGUCAUCCUCAAGUCGAUGGUUUAUAGCAUCAAAUUGAAGCUGGAAUUUGCGGUUCUGGGCAGGCUUGUCUCGAUUACAAAUAUCAAUCACCAUGUAUUCCAAGGAAGAGAGGUUGUGGACUUUCCAGAGUUCAUUAAUCCGGCCUAUCUUGCGACAGAUUUCACCCACGCUGCACCGACGGACUCUCAAUCUUUACGACUACGACGGACAUGGGAAACCGACAUUCCUUGCUAG